CACAUUGCCCGCUCCGUCUCAGUGCGCGCCCCCGCACCUUCCUCCCUCCUCCAGGUCCCCCAGUCCUAUCUGCUCGGUUCAGACCUGGCUGCAUUCUCACGGUUUCUGGAUGAGGGAUGAGAGAUGGAGGCAGCGCCGACCUCUGGGAGCUGGGAGCCCGUUGAUGCCGUGCAGCGCAUGUAGAAGGAGACACCGGGCAGCAGCUCUCCUCAGUGGAACAAAACAGAAUUUCAGAUGAUGGACACAGAUGGAUAUGACAGAAUCUGCAACAGAGGUACCUAACAGGGCCUCCAGUGCAGAUGUGAACCUCUUUCGAAAGAUCAUUACUCUAGAUAAAGAAAGUUACAGGCUCAAAUGAGUCUUGAUUUCACCACAUCAACAAAUAUGUCCAGCAGUUCUGGAAACUUAAGAGACCAAACAACCUGAGGCCUUUAUUAUCCACUUGGGCUUCUUUAGGCAGAUGACUCAGAAGUAAGGACAAAAAAGUGAAGGGCAAAUUAUGACAACAUCUAAAGGCAUCUUCCGACCAUUUCUAUUUAUCUGCAUUGUAUUGAUUUGCUUCACAGUAUGUUUACUGAUAUAUGUCAAGCCAACAAACAAUUGGAUCUCCAGUCCUAUAGAAUCAGCUAAUUCUAUGCUAAAAAUGAAGAAUUUUUUCUCCACUAAGAAAGAUGAUUAUAACGAUACCAUCAUUCUUAUUUGGGUGUGGCCAUUUGGGCAGACAUUUGAAUUGCAGUCCUGCGAGGCUCUUUUUAAUAUCCAUGGGUGCCAUUUGACUACUGAUCGUAAUCUCUACAAUAAAUCCCAUGCAGUGCUAAUACAUCACAGAGAUAUCAGCUGGGAUCUGACCAAUCUACCAGUGCAAGCAAGACCUCCCUUCCAGAAAUGGAUUUGGAUGAAUCUCGAAUCUCCAACUCACACACCUCAAAAAAGUGGCAUUGAACAUUUAUUUAACCUCACAUUGACCUAUAGACGUGACUCAGACAUUCAAGUGCCUUAUGGCUUUAUGGUCGUAAGCACAAAGCCCUUUGAAUUUGAAGUGCCAAGCAAAGAUAAGCUGGUUUGCUGGGUUGUAAGCAACUGGAAUCCAGAUCACGUUCGUGUAAAGUACUAUAAUGAACUCAACAAAUACAUUGAAAUUCUAACCUAUGGCCAAGCAUUUGGUGAAUACUUGAACGAUAAAAGCUUGAUCCCAACCAUCUCUACUUGUAAAUUUUAUUUGUCCUUUGAAAAUUCUAUCCACAAAGACUAUAUAACUGAGAAACUUUACAAUGCACUACUUGCUGGAUCUGUGCCCAUUGUGUUGGGACCUCCAAGGGAAAACUAUGAAAACUACAUACCAGCAGAUUCUUUUAUUCACGUCGAAGAUUUUCUCUCUCCGAGAGAACUGGCAGAUUAUCUGUUAAUGCUGAACAAAGAUACUGAGCGGUACCUGGCGUACUUUAACUGGAGGAAACACUACACUGUGAACUUGUCCCAUUUCUGGGAAUCUCAUGCUUGCCUAGCAUGUGACCAUGUUAAAAGACACCAGGAGUACAAAUCCGUCAGUAAUUUGGAGAAGUGGUUUUGGAACUAAGCCUCCCCUUUCAUGUCUGAGCACUUUUUGGGAAGACAUUACAACGGUUACUUGCAUCAAGAUACAAAUUUAGUGCUUUGUCUCACCGUUUACUGCUCUGUUGAAUGCAUAAUUUAACAUAAACUGUGUCAGACAUGAAAAUCUCUUUCUUUCAUCAGAAUCAUCAUUCCCCAACACUUCACAUGUAGCAGCAAUUUCUGUGCCCUCAGAGAGAUUUCCUCACUCUAAGCGUUCUUUAUACACAACUCCUUUUUAAAGAACUUACAAAGUCUCCAUAUUACUGUAUGUAGCAAACUGUGAUCCAUCAUUUCCAUUUCUUUAAACCAAGCUGGAAGUUAGACUGGCCGAUAUCAUAUUAGAACUGUAUAUGUAUACUGUUAUGGAAGUGGAAGAACAAAAAUAAUUACUGGGUGAGAAAUCAGAAACACGUAACUUUACUCUGACAGAUUUUCCAUUACAUUGAAUUGCAGUUUUCGGAUGCGAUACGUCAUGUUCACCUAGGAUCAGCUGAACCUGCAAGUAACACUUCUGAGCCAUUUCUCACCCUGAAUCCAUCUCACAGUGUGGUUCUGUAUUUAGAAGUCUCACUUUUACGAUCAUAUUGAUCAGAUGUGACGCUGUUGGUUUUAGAUUCACACGCUAUUUUCAAUAUUUUUUUUAAAUGAAGAAUGACCUUUAUUUUCCUAUAAGUAUUUAAAACAUCGUCACCCUUUUGUAUUGUAAUUGGGAGGAAGAGAAGGAUUUUGUGGCCAGCCUAUGGCUCUGAACUGGCCAGAAUGGUUCUCUGACAGUCAGGGCAUACACUGGACGUCUAGUAGUAUUCACAAAGGACAUUGCCGUUAUGGCAGCUUUCUUGUCACAUAGUUUACUAUUACCUUUGAAAGGCCAUGUGGUGUGGUUAAUAAGUGUCAAUACUGGAGUAUUAUAUUCUAUAAUGAGAUGGCAGUAUAAUUUCAGCACAAAUUCUGCACUUUCAUAUACGGGGAAUAGCAAACACUGAACAUUUCUUUGGUGAAAUAUUAAUUUUCUGUGAUCAAACUAUUAUUCUAUAUGUCAGAUCAUCACACAGGAUACAGAUCUUAAAUACUGUUGUUCGGCACCUAUAAACCAUCCAUUGUGUGAAAUCAAAGGGAUUUCUGCAGGUAACAGUAAGGCUGAUUUACAGUUAUGCAAGAAUGCAGAAUAAAUGCUAUUCUACAUUGGUAAAGCUAAUUUCCAAGUUAUGUGCAUAGCAUUUCUGAGCGUUAGAGAGAAUCUGUCAUGCUGCUUCUGCUACUGAUGAGAGCAAAGGUCUUGUCUACGCUUUCAGCUUCAAACAUUUUCACACCCCUGUAUAGAAAUGACAGCAGCAUUGUAAAUCAGAGAUGGCCGGCACUUUGGAGGACAGUGCUCUGUGGUAGGGUAAAUCCACCAAUAACAGAAGAUGACAAACCAGGGCAUUCAUAGGUGAAAGUUACCAGUGAGUUACUUAUUUACUCAGCUGCACCGCACCAAUGACUAUAAAUAAAUGGCCGACACUAGUGUUUUGGCCCGUAUUGGCCCUUGUUCAUGGGCGCAGUGCAGUUGUAAGAUAUGUGUAGGGGCAUGGCGCAGACACACUGAUCAGCAUCUCAUAGAAUUGAAUUCCAUUCUUUGAGACAGUUCGCAUGGUGCUCUGUGGUUGUGAACAAGGCUCGGGAUGGACCAAAACCCUAGUGUCAGGCCAUUCAUUGGGCACUUGAAUAAAGAAGUAACCCGCUGUUAACCUUCACUUAUGAACACUGUGGUUUCUCCUCUUCAGCAGUAUUGUAAAGUCGCUCUAGAGGACCUGUGCUCUCCAUAUGUUUACUGUGUGUCAUAGUUUCAGGUCUGGAACAGAAAAGGUUGGUAACCCCGGCUGUAGAUUUCUUGACAUUUCAUAUGAAAUGUGCCUUACUGUUUCUGUGGAGCAAUUCUGUCUGUCCUUUACUAUAUUAUUUUGCUGCUCAACUGGAAGUCAUCUUCACUUAAAACAUUCCCUUUAACAUAGCUAUAAGUUAUGGACCAUAUGGCAAAAUAUUUAUAAUCCAUGUCAGUUUGCUUCUGUCUUAAAGGCUAUGGACACCUUAGAGGGCAUUUUUUUUCAUUGCAUUUUACAAAUUUUGGGAUAAAAAUAAAAAAUAAUUUCAGUUUAUCUUUAUUAAAAGUUUUCAGAGUUUUUCCUCCACAGCUUUCGCUUUCACUAUAACUGCAGAGUAUUGUUCUCAUAGACACUCAUUUAAGCCACGUUCUUAUCAGUUUGAUAAGAAUUCACCUAUAAUGACUGUUUAUGAGCUGUCAGGAGUUCAGGAGCUAUGGGCUACAGAACCAGCUAUCAGUGCAGCUCCCUGGCAGAUUCAGUGUGAGGCAGAGAGCAGUCUGUAGAUGUACUGAAACUGAAAGUUGUAGAGGAGAAGCCGUUGAAAUGUUUUAAUUAAAAUCUAUUGAAAACAUGAUUUUUGUAGCCCAAAAUUGGUAAAAUGCAAGCAUAAAAACUUGCAACCAAAGGUGUCCAUAGCCUGUGAACCGCAGUGCUUAAGUUAAGAGAUCAUGAUGACCACCAAUGUUUCUUUGCUAUCAUAUUAACGUUUGAAAAUAGUAGUAUGAACUAUAAAGCACUUACGAGAGGGUUUUCUUUUUGGAGCCUUGAGAUGGCAAACACUAAAUUCAAACAGAUUGAUCUGAGGUGGUGUCAAGUUUAAAAAAAACUAAAACUGUCAUAAUGAACAUUGCAGGCAGCUUGUCAUAGAGCAGGAGGUGAUUGAGAUUGAAAUAUAGAUUUGUGGGAAAAGAUUCAUUAUAAUUUGCUAUAUCAAUCUGCUCAACUUCUCCUGCUCUAUAACAAAGCAACAACAGGUGACUCUAAGCUACAAUAAUAUAGAACCCAAUUGUAUGUGGAAAAAAAUAUGGUGCAGAUGUACUAAUCGUAUCUAAUAUUUAGACAGCCUAAGACUAGACAGUCUGGAAAUGUGCCAGAUUUAUAACUGGUGUAUCAUAGUGCCCGAUAAAUUUGACACAUCUUUAGAUACUUUUGUUUGACUUUACACCACCUAUUGGUUAUCUUAGUUUGCGCCAAUAUUUGACUCCAUAUUUCUGAUGCAAUUGUGUUGCAAAUUGUUGCCCCUUUUCUCUUAAGGCACAGUAUGGAUGACAGCUUUUUGGUGCAAAUUGAGCUAGAAUUCUAGAGCUUUUGGCUUAGUAAAUUUCCCCAUUGUGGGGAAAAGAUUCAUUUUGGCUUAGUAAAUCUCCCCAUUGUGGGAAAAGAUUUAUUAUAAUUUGCUAUAUCAAUCUGCUAAACUUCUCCUGCUCUAUAAUUGUCUCCAAAUUUCUGGUGCAAUUUUGUUGCAAAUUGUUGCCCCUUUUCUCCAGGCACAGUAUGGAUGCCAGCUUUUUGGUGCAAAUUGAGCCAGAAUUCUAGAGCGUUUGGCUUAGUAAAUCUUCCCAUUGUGUUUUAUUUAUUGAUUAUGAAAAUAUUAAAGCAACAACAUUUUGAUAUCAUAGAAAUCUACUCAAAAAUAUUUAGCAGAGUUGAACUUGGCAUAUAACAUUUUUCAAUGCAUUGAUAACACUCUGAAUAUCCACAAGGUAGUCCAAUCCAUAGCAGCAGGUUCCAGCUGAUAUGUUGGGAGAAAGAGAGUCACGGUAUCCCCAUUCAGCAAUUCAAAGUAGUCUUGAGCAGCCAGACAUCAAUGGAGAGGUGCUAUGUAAAGAAGUUAUUAAAAGAGACAAUCACAUAGUAAACAAAGUCGCACACAAGUGCUGCUGCCUCCACAUUGAGUUCAGUAAGUUUUCUGCUGCAGUACCAAUAGGAGUGACCAGCAAGUUUAUUACAUGUUGUUAUUUUUAGCAAUUUUGGGGCACAGUGGGCAUUAUUCCUAGCAAAAACCACAUUGGCAUUAUAUCUGGUACAGAAUUACACUAUAAUUCAUGGCAAACAUUCUGUUUUAUGUGACAUUACAGUUGCUAUUUUCUCUGACUUAAUGCCAAGUUUCAUUCUGCUUGGUUAAAGCUAAAAUAGAACUGGGCGAUAUAGUUUUUUUAUUCCAAACAGCAGAUGCAGAUAAGAGAAGCCUGACAAGUACGUGGGCAUAUAUAGAUACAAUAUAGAUAAUAGCUAACUGGUGCAACACCAUAUGCAGUUCAGGUGGUUGAGGUUUGAUGGAAAAAUUAUCUUCCUUUGAUCUUUUCACAAUUUCUUGAAUUAGAAAAUUUGAAAAGUUUUUUUAUUUUUUAUUUCUUGCAACCAAAUUAAUGGCGAAAAAGCACAACUUAUUCACUGCAUUUGCAAAGAAGGCCAAAUUAUUUCCUUAGUUUUUAUCACUGUAUUAUUAAUUAGAAGGAACUGACCAUGAACACAUUGUUAAAAAAUAGUAUCAUGAUGUUCCUUUACUUUGCAGAUGUGGUGCUAUAUAAUAUAUGUAAGGAAAUGUUCUAGUUAAAGGGGUUUUCGAGGAGUAAGAUAUAUCCUCUGGAUAGGUCAUCAGUAUCUGAUUAGUAGAGGUCCGACUACUGGCACCCCUGCAGAUCCGGAGCUUCGGUGAGCAUCGCAGGCUCUUCCUAGGCCAGUAAAUAAUAAUAGUAAUAAUAUAAAUCUUUAUGCAGUGAGCUCCCGUAGUGGUAGCUGCAGUGUCCUGUAUAAAUCUUUAGGCAGUGAGCUCCCAUAGUAAUGGCUACAGGUGCCUGUAUUAAUCUUUAUGCAGUGAGCUCCCGUAGUGGCAGCUGCAGUGUUCUGUAUAAAUCUUUAUGCAGUUAGCUCCCGUACUGGCAGCGGCAGUGUCCUGUAUAAAUCUUUAAGCAGUGAACUCCCAUAGUGGCAGCUGCAGUGUCCUUUAUAAAUCUUUUAGCAGUGAGCUCCCAUAGUGGCAGCUGCAGUGUCAUUUAUAAAUCUUUUAGCAGUGAGCUCCCAUAGUGGCAGCUGCAGUGUCCUGUAUAAAUCUUUAUGCAGUGAACUCCCGUAGUGGCAGCUGCAGUGUCCUUUAUAAAUCUUUUUGCAGUGAGCUCCUGCACUGGAAGCUGGAGUAACCUGUAUAAAUCUUUAUGCUGUUAGCUCCUGUAGUGGCGGCGGCAGUGUCCUGUAUAAAUCUUUAUGCAGUGAGCUCCCGUAGUGGCAGCUACAGUGUCCUGUAUAAAUCUUUUUGCAGUGAUCUCCCAUAGUGGCAGUGUCCUGUAUAAAUCUCUAUGAAGUGAGCUCCCGUGGUGGCAGCUGGGGUGUCCUUUAUAAAUCAUUAUGCAGUGAUCUCCCAUAGUGACAGCGUCCUGUAUAAAUCUUUAUGCAGUGAGCUCCCGUAGUGGCAGCUACAGUGUCCUGUAUAAUUCCUUAUGCAGUAAGCUCCCAUAGUGGCAGCUACACUGUCCUUUAUAAAUCAUUAUGCAGUGAUCUCCCAUAGUGACAGCGUCCUGUAUAAAUCUUUAUGCAGUGAGCUCCCAUAGUGGCAGCAUCCUGUAUAAAUCUUUAUGCAGUGAGCUCCCGUAGUGGCAGCUGCAGUGUCUUUCAUAAAUCUUUAUGCAGUGCGCUCCCAUAGUGGCAGCUACAGUGUCCUGUAUAAAUCUUUUUGCAGUGAUCUCCCAUAGUGGCAUUGUCCUGUAUAAAUCUCUAUGAAGUGAGCUCCCGUAGUGGCAGCUGGAGUGUCCUUUAUAAAUCAUUAUGCAGUGAUCUCCCAUAUUGGCAGCGUCCUGUAUAAAUCUUUAUGCAGUGAGCUCCCGUAGUGACAGCGUCCUUUAUAAUUCUUUAUGCAGUGAGCUCCCGUAGUGGCAGCUACAGUGUCCUGUAUAAAUCUUUAUGCAGUGAGCUCCCGUAGUGGUGGCGUCAGUGUCCUGUAUAAAUCUUUAUGCAGUGAGCUCCCGUAGUGGCAGCUGGAAUGUCCUGUAUAAGUCUUUAUGCAGUUAGCUCCCGUAGUGGCAGCUAGAGUGUCCUUUAUAAAUCAUUAUACAGUGAUCUCCCAUAUUGGCAGCAUCCUGUAUAAAUCUUUAUGCAGUGAGCUCCCGAAGUGGCAGCGUCCUGUAUAAUUUUUUAUGCAGUGAGCUCCCGUAGUGGCAGCAUCCUGUAUAAUUCUUUAUGCAGUGAGCUCCCGUAGUGGCAGCGUCCUGUAUAAUUCUUUAUGCAGUGAGCUCCCGUAGUGGCGGCGGCAGUGUCCUGUAUAAAUCUUUAUGCAGUGAGCUCCCGUAGUGGCAGCUGCAUGUCCUGUAUAAAUCUUUAUGCAGUGAGCUCCCGUAGUAGCAGCUGCAUGUCCUGUAUAAAUCUUUAUGCAGUGAGCUCCCGUAGUGGCAGCUGCAUGUUCUGUAUAAAUCUUUAUGCAGUGAGCUCCCGUAGUGGCAGCGUCCUGUAUAAUUCUUUAUGCAGUGAGCUCCCGUAGUGGCAGCGUCCUGUAUAAUUCUUUAUGCAGUGAGCUCCCGUAGUGGCGGCGGCAGUGUCCUGUAUAAAUCUUUAUGUAGUGAGCUCCCAUAGUGGCAGCUACAGUGUCCUGUAUAAAUCUUUUUGCAGUGAUCUCCCAUAGUGGCAGUGUCCUGUAUAAAUCUCUAUGAAGUGAGCUCCCGUAGUGGCAGCUGGGGUGUCCUUUAUAAAUCAUUAUGCAGUGAUCUCCCAUAGUGACAGCGUCCUGUAUAAAUCUUUAUGCAGUGAGCUCCCGUAGUGGCAGCUACAGUGUCCUGUAUAAUUCUUUAUGCAGUAAGCUCCCGUAGUGGCAGCUACAGUGUCCUUUAUAAAUCAUUAUGCAGUGAUCUCCCAUAGUGACAGCGUCCUGUAUAAAUCUUUAUGCAGUGAGCUCCCAUAGUGGCAGCAUCCUGUAUAAAUCUUUAUGCAGUGAGCUCCCGUAGUGGCAGCUGCAGUGUCUUGCAUAAAUCUUUAUGCAGUGCGCUCCCAUAGUGGCAGCUACAGUGUCCUGUAUAAAUCUUUUUGCAGUGAUCUCCCAUAGUGGCAUUGUCCUGUAUAAAUCUCUAUGAAGUGAGCUCCCGUAGUGGCAGCUGCAGUGUCCUUUAUAAAUCAUUAUGCAGUGAUCUCCCAUAUUGGCAGCGUCCUGUAUAAAUCUUUAUGCAGUGAGCUCCCGUAGUGACAGCGUCCUUUAUAAUUCUUUAUGCAGUGAGCUCCCGUAGUGGCAGCUACAGUGUCCUGUAUAAAUCUUUAUGCAGUGAGCUCCCGUAGUGGUGGCGUCAGUGUCCUGUAUAAAUCUUUAUGCAGUGAGCUCCCGUAGUGGCAGCUGGAAUGUCCUGUAUAAGUCUUUAUGCAGUUAGCUCCCGUAGUGGCAGCUAGAGUGUCCUUUAUAAAUCAUUAUACAGUGAUCUCCCAUAUUGGCAGCGUCCUGUAUAAUUUUUUAUGCAGUGAGCUCCCGUAGUGGCAGCAUCCUGUAUAAUUCUUUAUGCAGUGAGCUCCCGUAGUGGCAGCGUCCUGUAUAAUUCUUUAUGCAGUGAGCUCCCGUAGUGGCGGCGGCAGUGUCCUGUAUAAAUCUUUAUGCAGUGAGCUCCCGUAGUGGCAGCUGCAUGUCCUGUAUAAAUCUUUAUGCAGUGAGCUCCCGUAGUAGCAGCUGCAUGUCCUGUAUAAAUCUUUAUGCAGUGAGCUCCCGUAGUGGCAGCUGCAUGUUCUGUAUAAAUCUUUAUGCAGUGAGCUCCCGUAGUGGCAGCGUCCUGUAUAAUUCUUUAUGCAGUGAGCUCCCGUUGUGGCAGCGUCCUGUAUAAUUCUUUAUGCAGUGAGCUCCCGUAGUGGCGGCGGCAGUGUCCUGUAUAAAUCUUUAUGUAGUGAGCUCCCAUAGUGGCAGCUACAGUGUCCUGUAUAAAUCUUUUUGCAGUGAUCUCCCAUAGUGGCAGUGUCCUGUAUAAUUCUUUAUGCAGUAAGCUCCCGUAGUGGCAGCUACAGUGUCCUUUAUAAAUCAUUAUGCAGUGAUCUCCCAUAGUGACAGCGUCCUGUAUAAAUCUUUAUGCAGUGAGCUCCCAUAGUGGCAGCAUCCUGUAUAAAUCUUUAUGCAGUGAGCUCCCGUAGUGGCAGCUGCAGUGUCUUGCAUAAAUCUUUAUGCAGUGCGCUCCCAUAGUGGCAGCUACAGUGUCCUGUAUAAAUCUUUUUGCAGUGAUCUCCCAUAGUGGCAUUGUCCUGUAUAAAUCUCUAUGAAGUGAGCUCCCGUAGUGGCAGCUGGAGUGUCCUUUAUAAAUCAUUAUGCAGUGAUCUCCCAUAUUGGCAGCGUCCUGUAUAAAUCUUUAUGCAGUGAGCUCCCGUAGUGACAGCGUCCUUUGUAAUUCUUUAUGCAGUGAGCUCCCGUAGUGGCAGCUACAGUGUCCUGUAUAAAUCUUUAUGCAGUGAGCUCUCGUAGUGGUGGCGUCAGUGUCCUGUAUAAAUCUUUAUGCAGUGAGCUCCCGUAGUGGCAGCUGGAAUGUCCUGUAUAAGUCUUUAUGCAGUUAGCUCCCGUAGUGGCAGCUAGAGUGUCCUUUAUAAAUCAUUAUACAGUGAUCUCCCAUAUUGGCAGCGUCCUGUAUAAAUCUUUAUGCAGUGAGCUCCCGAAGUGGCAGCGUCCUGUAUAAUUUUUUAUGCAGUGAGCUCCCGUAGUGGCAGCAUCCUGUAUAAUUCUUUAUGCAGUGAGCUCCUGUAGUGGCAGCGUCCUGUAUAAUUCUUUAUGCAGUGAGCUCCCGUAGUGGCGGCGGCAGUGUCCUGUAUAAAUCUUUAUGCAGUGAGCUCCCGUAGUGGCAGCUGCAUGUCCUGUAUAAAUCUUUAUGCAGUGAGCUCCCGUAGUAGCAGCUGCAUGUCCUGUAUAAAUCUUUAUGCAGUGAGCUCCCGUAGUGGCAGCUGCAUGUUCUGUAUAAAUCUUUAUGCAGUGAGCUCCCGUAGUGGCAGCGUCCUGUAUAAUUCUUUAUGCAGUGAGCUCCCGUAGUGGCAGCGUCCUGUAUAAUUCUUUAUGCAGUGAGCUCCCGUAGUGGCGGCGGCAGUGUCCUGUAUAAAUCUUUAUGCAGUGAGCUCCCGUAGUGGCAGCUGCAUGUCCUAUAUAAAUCUUUAUGCAGUGAGCUCCUGUAGUGGCAGCUGCAGUGUCCUGCAUAAAUCUUUAUGCAGUGAGCUCCCGUAGUGGCGGCGGCAGUGUCCUGUAUAAAUCUUUUUGCAGUGAUCUCCCAUAGUAGCAGUGUCCUGUAUAAAUCUCUAUGAAGUGAGCUCCCAUAGUGGCAGCUGGAGUGUCCUUUAAAAAUCAUUAUGCAGUGAUCUCCCAUAUUGGCAGCUUCCUGUAUAAAUCUUUAUGCAGUGAGCUCUUGUAGUGGCAGCAUCCUCUAUAAUUCUUUAUGCAGUAAGCUCCCGUAGUGGCAGCUACAGUGUCCUGUAUAAAUCUUUAUGCAGUGAGCUCCCAUAGUGGUGGCGGCAGUGUCCUGUAUAAAUCUUUAUGCAGUGAUCUCCCGUAGUGGCAGCUGGAAUGUCCUGUAUAAAUCUUUAUGCAGUUCGCUCCCGUAGUGGCAGCUGGAGUGUCCUUUAUAAAUCAUUAUGCAGUGAUCUCCCAUAUUGGCAGCGUCCUGUAUAAAUCUUUAUGCAGUGAGCUCCCUGUAGUGGCAGUGUCCUGUAUAAUUCUUUAUGCAGUGAGCUCCCGUAGUGGCAGCAUCCUGUAUAAUUCUUUAUGCAGUGAGCUCCCGUAGUGGCAGCUACAUGUCCUGUAUAAAUCUUUAUGCAGUGAGCUCCCGUAGUGGCAGCUGCAUGUCCUGUAUAAAUCUUUAUGCAGUUAGCUCCCGUAGUGGCAGAGGCAGUGUCCUGUAUAAAUCUUUAUGCAGUGAGCUCCCGUAGUGGCAGAGGCAGUGUCCUGUAUAAAUCUUUAUGCAGUGAGCUCCCGUAGUGGCAGCUUCAUGUCCUGUAUAAAUCUUUAUGCAGUUAGCUCCCGUAGUGGCAGCUUCAUGUCCUAUAUAAAUCCUUAUGCAGUGAGCUCCCGUAGUGGCAGCUGCAUGUCCUAUAUAAAUCUUUAUGCAGUGAGUUCCCGUAGUGGCAGCUUCAUGUCCUAUAUAAAUAUUUAUGCAGUCAGCUCCCGUAGUGGCAGCUUCAUGUCCUAUAUAAAUCUUUAUGCAGUGAGCUCCCAUAGUGGCAGGUGCAUGUCCUAUAUAAAUCUUUAUGCAGUGAGCUCCGUAGUGGCAGCUUCAUGUCCUAUAUAAAUCUUUAUGCAGUGAGCUCCGUAGUGGCAGCUUCAUGUCCUAUAUAAAUCUUUAUGCAGUGAGCUCCCAUAGUGGCAGGUGCAUGUCCUGUAUAAAUCUUUGUGUAGUGAGCUCCUGUAGUGGCAGCUGCAUGUCCUAUAUAAAUCUUUAUGCAGUGAGCUCCGUAGUGGCAGCUUCAUGUCCUAUAUAAAUCUUUAUGCAGUGAGCUCCCAUAGUGGCAGGUGCAUGUCCUGUAUAAAUCUUUGUGUAGUGAGCUCCUGUAGUGGCAGCUGCAUGUCCUAUAUAAAUCUUUAUGCAGUUAGCUCCCGUAGUUGCGGCUGCAGUGUGAACAGAGCCCUCAUAACAUUGACUCAUGAGGAGAUAAAGUGCAGUUGGAUGUGUGUGAAGAACAAGUAGAAAUCCUUUAUAACAAGAUUAUACCAUAUAGCAGCAUGGACACCUGAUUUGAUCAGGUUACUCAGCCCUGCAGUUUAUACUGAGGGAACCCUAUUAAUGCUGUAUCAUAAGCAAUAAUGUGCAUAUAUAGUGCAGUCUUAAACCCUGGACAUAUCACAUGCAGAGUUAUGUUCUUCUGUAUAUUUGAAUUAGCAAGAAAGAAUACAGGAGAGCAGAAUCUCCCCAAGAUGAUGUACAAGAGACCCCAGCUAAAUCUUUUAGAUUUUUUUCAUCCUAGAUAUUGGUGUAUCACCUAAUAUCGGCUUUAGCAGAGAAAUGAAAAUAAAUUGCAAAAAAAUUCACAUUCAACAAAAUAUGCCAGAGCUUAUUAUAUUUUAUUUUACUGUAGAGCAGCUGAACUUUAGUGGACAUAUAAAUGAUUUGCAGAGUUCAGUCAUUCCUGAAUUUGAGUAUACAGCAGCCCAAUCUACCGUCAUAUAUUUUUAUGACUUGGUCUUAGUGCCAGUGCUCUAAAUGUGACCUAGUUU